GGGGCUCGUAUCUGAGAGCAGGGCGGGGCGGGCUGCGGGCAGGGGCCGGUAGGGACCUGCGGCCGGAGAUGCUGAGGGGCCGCCACCGCUGGGCCGCCGGGAUCCGUGCACUGAAGGCGCUGAGGUAGAGUGGAGUUUGAAAGCAGCAGAGUUUGAUGACACACAUCACCGGAUUUCUUUGUUUGGAGUACACGUUAUGAACCCUUUUUGGAGUAUGUCUACAAGCUCAGUUCGCAAAAGAUCUGAUGGUGAGGAGAAGACAUUGACAGGGGACGUGAAAACCAGUCCUCCACGCACCGCUCCAAAGAAACAGCUGCCUUCUAUUCCCAAAAAUGCUUUGCCCAUAACUAAACCGACGUCUCCCGCCCCAGCAGCACAGUCCACAAAUGGCACACAUGCUUCAUAUGGACCCUUCUACCUGGAGUACUCUCUUCUUGCAGAAUUUACAUUGGUCGUGAAGCAGAAGCUACCAGGUGUUUAUGUGCAGCCGUCCUACCGUUCUGCUUUAAUGUGGUUUGGAGUAAUAUUUAUACGGCACGGACUUUAUCAAGAUGGUGUGUUUAAGUUUACAGUUUACAUCCCUGACAACUACCCAGAUGGUGACUGUCCUCGCUUGGUGUUUGAUAUUCCUGUCUUCCACCCGCUAGUUGAUCCCACUUCAGGGGAACUGGAUGUGAAGAGAGCAUUUACAAAAUGGAGGCGGAACCAUAAUCAUAUUUGGCAAGUGUUAAUGUAUGCGAGGAGAAUUUUCUACAAGAUCGAUACAGCAAGCCCUCUAAACCCAGAAGCUGCAGUGCUGUAUGAAAAAGAUGUUCAGCUUUUUAAAAGUAAAGUGGUUGACAGCGUGAAGGUGUGCACUGCUCGCUUAUUUGAUCAGCCUAAAAUAGAAGAUCCCUAUGCGAUUAGCUUUUCUCCCUGGAAUCCUUCUGUACAUGAUGAGGCCAGAGAAAAGAUGCUGACUCCAAAAAAGAAGCCUGAAGAGCAGCACAGUAAAAGUGUUCAUGUUGCUGGCCUAUCAUGGGUAAAGCCUGGCUCAGUGCAACCUUUCAGUAAAGAAGAAAAAACGGCAACAUAAACAUACGAGCUGAUGAUGCUGGUGCACCACGCACUUUCCUGCUGGACUCUGGCCUAGCUAAAGCUGAGCAAUGGCACAGGACUGCCUGAAGAGUAAAACUGUGAGAGCUGUGACUGAUAACAGUGUUGUCCAUGUAUGCUUAGGUUCUAACAGCAAAUUUUGGAAACCCCUUAUUAAGGCAUUGCUUCUGUCAGAAGUGGUGUUAGGGUGAUCUAGUUUAGCACUCCAAAUUAUUGGGGGCCCUGAGGCUUAAGUAUUUUUCUGAAUAUAAUGCUAAAGGUAAGUUAGGUUCUUUUAAACUAAUAGUAGACAGUUCAGCACUCUCUAAUGGUUUUUAAGUCAGUGGUUUCAGUUGUACCUAAGUUAGGAUGUGGAGAGAAGAGAACUAGGGAAAGCAGAUUUCUUAGCUUGUUAGCACUUUAAGUGGAAAAUCAUUUGAACCUCAGUCUUCAGCGUACUGUCUUACUGAUUUUCAAACUACUGUUGAUGAGGUACAUAUUAGGUGGGUGAAAGGAAACACAACCUUGUUCAUAGUUUUGUUUUUUUAAACAAAUUACUGUAUUUUUCUGGCAAGAGGGAGAAAAAGUGUUAAAACGGUUUCUUAUGAAGUCAGAUAUUUAAAUGGUGAAUGACUAAUGUGUUUUGUAGAGACAAAAUAAAACAGUAAAUGAUCA